AUGAAAAACAACCCUGACUUAGAGAAAGACUAUAUAUUUAAUAGUUUAGUCAAAAGAGACAAACAAGAAAGAAUGCCAGGCUUCAAACUUAAGAAAGGUGACAAAGUAAAAAUAGAAAUACCUAAACGCGACCCAUAUGAAAAUACUAUUGACUAUGACAACAAUGGGAACUCGACAGGUACUCACGUUCGUGUUCGUAAAAAUAGAAGAAAGUAUACAAGAGAAUAUUAUGAAGUUUUAGGCAAACAUGGCAAAAUGUACAGACUGCAAGCAGAAGAUAAAACUACUAUUGUCAGACCUCGUUUCAAACUUGUCAAAGUUCAAGGUGGUAUACUUUCAAAGACAGUUCCUAACAAAUAUAAGACAACUCCUGACGAAUAUGCUAAAGAAGUUGAAAAUGACGACUAA